UUGGCCUGCUCGCUGGCGCGGCGCGGCGAUGUCCACCCAAAGGAAGAGUUGAGCGGCGGGUAACUUGGGUUGGAGAAUUCUUAUUUAUUACAGUCGCUCUGCUGAGGGCAAUGGAAGCCUGCUCAGCGCCUGCUGGUGUCAUCAAGCCAAUUGACCGACAGUCAGUCCACCAGAUUUGUUCAGGGCAAGUUGUGUUAAGCCUCAGCACUGCUGUAAAAGAGUUGGUGGAAAACAGUCUGGAUGCUGGAGCUACUAAUAUUGAUAUCAGAUUGAAAGAAUUUGGAGCAAGUUUGAUUGAAGUAUCGGACAAUGGGGAUGGAGUGGAAGAAAAAAACUUUGAAGGAUUGACACUGAAGCAUUACACUUCCAAGUUGCAAGACUUCUCUGACCUCUUACAUGUGGAGACCUUUGGAUUUAGAGGUGAAGCUUUGAGCUCCUUGUGUGCUCUAAGUGACCUUAGUAUCGUGACAUGUCACAAAAGUGCCAAGGUUGGAACUCGCCUGGUUUUUGACCAUAAAGGGCAAAUCAGUGAAAAGAUACCAUAUCCUCGACAGCAAGGGACAACAGUUAGCGUUCAGCAGUUGUUUUGCACACUACCAGUCAGGCAUAAAGAGUUUCAGCGAAAUAUUAAAAAGGAAUACAGUAAAAUGGCGCAGGUGCUGCAGGCCUAUUGCAUCAUUUCUACUGGCAUACGGAUAAAUUGUACGAAUCAGGUUGGACAAGGAAAAAGGAACCCUGUUUUUUGUACCAGUGGAUGCACCACUUUGAAGGAAAACAUCAGUGCUUUAUUUGGAUCAAAGCAGUUACAGAAUCUUAUCCCUUUUGUUCAACAAUGCCCAAGUGAGGCAAUUUGUGAAGAUUAUGGAAUUAAUUCCACUGACAUUCCUGUAAAGCUCUACAGAAUCACAGGGUUCGUGUCUCGUAGUGAUCAUGGUGUUGGCAGGAGUUCAACUGAUCGACAGUUUUUCUUUAUCAAUCAGCGACCAUGUGACCCAUUGAAGGUUUCCAAACUUGUAAAUGAAGUCUAUCACAUGUACAACAGACAUCAGUAUCCAUUUGUUGCCCUUAAUAUCGGUGUUAAUUCUGAGUCUGUUGAUCUCAAUGUUACACCAGACAAAAGACAAAUUCUUCUUCAGGAGGAAAUGCUGCUUCUUGCAAUUCUGAAGACAUCCCUUAUUCAGAUGUACGAUUCUAAUGUUAACAAGCUUGAUGUUAAUGAAAAGGUUCCUCAGAAACCAGGAAUCUCUGAAAAUGUUCCCAAGGCAAUCAGUCUGAAGUCCUCUGUUCCAAUUAAGCAGCAAUCACCUGCUGAGCAAUCGUAUGCAGGUAAAGAGAAGUAUGUAGGCAUUGCAAGGUUACGUGAAGCAUACUCCCUACACAGGUCACCAUUAUGUGGGCCCAAAUCUAACAAACAAGAGGACUUUCCAGUGCAAAGAAAACUGCACAAUUUUUUUACCAGUUGUAAAUUGAGUAGCCCUCAGCCUGAUUGUAGGACUGACCACAUCCCAGUGUCUGGAAAACCCAAACAAAUGGAGCAGAACUCCAUGGACUGUGAAAGUGGGACAGAUUCUGCAAAAAGCUGCACAAGGCAACCAUCAGAAUUUGACUGCAACAUGCCAGAGACUAACACUUCGUCCAAACCCACUCUUGGUUCUGAUAAUGCUGUUAGCUUGCCCAACAUGCUCCAAAAUUAUUCAGAAGCUGGGAAAGGAGAAGAAGAACUGAAAACUGAAAUGACUGGCUGUGUUAGUGAGCUAACAGAGAAGACAGAUUCGGCAGAAAAUUGCAGCCGACUACUGACAGAUUCUUGUUCACGCAGUUAUGCCACCCAGGGUGCAAAACGCAUGAAGGUUGACAUCCCCUGUUUGGAUGAUAGCUUGUCAUCAGGUCCUGGGACAUUUCAGACUUCAGAGAUUGACAUACCAGUAGAAAUGAAUAAAAAGUUUGUGAAACUCCCUUUCUCUAUGGCCCUUCUUGCUUUAAGGAUGAAGUUGGUCCAUGAGCAGCAAGCAAUUCAAAAAGAGGCCCAGAGAUGCAGGCGAUUUCGAGCCCAGAUUAGUCCUGAAGACAAUCAAGUGGCAGAAGCUGAACUCAGAAAAGAGAUUAGGUAAUUAAAUUGUCAUUUUUUAAAAUUCAUUCACAGAAUCUGUGGAUUAAAGUCAAAGCCAGUAUGUAUUGCUCAUUCCUAUUUGCCCUUGGGAAGGUGAGCUGCUGUCUUGAUUACAAAACUCAGUGGGCUUCAUAGGCAAUUUCAAGUUAAGAGUCAACCAUAGAUGGAAUCACAUGUGAGACCAAACGAGGUAAGGACAGCAGAUUUUCUUCCCUAAAGCACGUUAGCAAACAACUUAAGGCCACAUUAUUACAUAUGAGUUAGGAGCAGGUGUAGACCAUCCAUCGUCUCAAGCC